AUGUUUUCUGAUAAAAUUAGACACGCAAUUUGGGGUGUGACACCAGAUCCAAAGGAAAGGAAACUACUUCAAAAAAUCGACUGGUUUGUCCUUUCUUUUGUCUGCCUAAAUUAUUGGGUUAACUAUCUUGAUAGGUCAAACUACUCGAAUGCUUACGUUUCUGGUAUGAAGGAAGAUUUGAAUCUGCAGGGUUAUCAAUUCAAUAAAGUCAACACAUGCUUCACAGUUGGUUACACAAUUGGUAUGAUUCCAAACAAUAUUGCCCUUCUGAAAUUCAAACCUAGGUACUGGAUGAGUUUUUGUUCAUUUGCAUGGGGACUUUUGACUCUUGGAAUGUACAAAGUGACGGACUUCAAACAAUUAUGUGUCAUUAGAUUCUUUCAGGCCCUAUUCGAAUCAUCAACAUUUAGUGGAACUCACUAUAUUCUAGGUAAUUGGUACAAGGACUACGAGUUAACAAAACGUUCGGCUGUGUUUACAAGUUCUGGAUUGGUUGGAUCCAUAUUUUCCGGGUUCAUGCAAACUGCUAUCCACAAAAAUAUGGAUGGUAAGAACGGGCUUGCUGGGUGGAGAUGGUUGUUCAUUAUUGAUUUCAUCAUUACCAUACCAAUCUGUAUUUAUGGUUUUAUUUGCUUCCCUGAUGUUCCAAAGAACUGCAACAAAUUAAUUUUUAAUGAAGAGGAAAGACAACUGGCCAUUGACAGAUUGCCAAAAAAACCCGAGACAAAGCUUGACUUGUCAGUUUUUAAAAGGGUGAUUGGCUGCUGGCAUUGGUGGUUAUUCUCUCUUCUUUGGGCAUUUGGUGGAGAAAAUGAAUCAUACGUGAUAAAUUCCCUUUUUGCACUUUGGCUUAAGGCCGAAAACUAUACUAUUGCUCAAAGAAACGAUUAUCCUUUAGGAAUAUAUGCAGUUGGUAUUUUUUCAACAUUCUUUACCUCCCUUUAUGUUGAUCUCACUGGAGCCAGGUAUCACUGGUAUGUUGCUAUAUGGAUAGCUUUUAUUUUGCUUAUUUCAAGUAUCCUUUUACUUUGCAAGCCCUUAUCCAAAAAUUUUGUCUUUGCUGCUCAUUAUCUUUCCGGUGUCUGCUUUUCUGGACAGUCGACAUUUUUUGCUUGGGUCAAUGUUCUUUGCUACGAUGAUCUUGAGGAAAGAGCAAUUAUUCUUGCCUCGAUGAACAUGUUUUCAAAUGCUGUCAAUGCCUGGUGGCCUUUAAUCUUCUACAAGGCAAGUAGUGCCCCAAAGUUUAGAAUUGGUUGCUAUGCAAUGCUUGGAACUCUUUUCGCUAGUUUGUUUGUGGCUGCGGCCAUUAGAUUUUUACAAUUGAAAGACCAGAAAAAGAAGAGUAUGAUUCAAAAUAUAUCUUCCAGCAGCGACCAAGAAAGUGUACCAGAGAAAAACGGCCAAAUUGAUUACACUAUUCCUGAAGUCGAACAUCAAAGUAACAAGGAAAAGGACGAGACUGUGAUUCGAAUGGAAUCAUUAGAGAAGAGAAAAUCUUAA